GAGCCUGCAGUUGCAACAGACAGCUAAAGAAAAAGCGGUGUAUCAACUGAUUCAGCUUUAAAAUAUAAAAUUAUUUAAAUUUGUGCAAAAUAUGGAACUCAAUGGCAAAAAUGUGAUCUGUGCAGGUGGUUUUGGUGGCAUCGGACUGGCUUGUGUCAAAGAAUUUCUCGCAAAGGGUGUAAAGAAUUUGGUCAUUUUUGAUCUAACAGAGAAUAAGCAAGCUUUGCUGGAGUUGCAGAAUUCGCAUCCAGCCUCUACAAUUCAUUUCAUACAAUUUGAUGUGUCUAAAAAAGAAAGCAUAACAGCAGCUUUCACCGAUGCUGUGGAGAAAAUGCAGUACUUUGAUGUGUUGAUCAACGGUUUCGCCAUAAUGAUGGAUGAACACAUUGAACUGACAGUUGAAAUUAAUUUGUUGGGUGUUAUCCACAGCACUCUCACUGCACUGCCUUAUAUGGAUAAGUCAGCUGGUGGACGUGGUGGUAUCAUUAUGAAUGUCUCAUCUGUUGCCGGUUUGGAAGCAACCGCUUUGUUUGCCAUUUAUUCCGCCACUAAGCAUGGCGUUACAGCAUUCACGCGUUGCAUGGCGGAUCAAAUCUAUUUCGAUCAUUUUGGCGUUCGCUUCAUAACAAUAUGUCCUGGCAUGACAGAUACGGGUCUCAUAAUAAAUCUUCAUAAAAGAGUGACCUUUGAGUUUACUCAAGACGCUACUAAAAUCUUCUAUGAUGCCAAAAAUCAGAGUGCAGAAACGUGUGCGAAGAAUAUGAUAACGGUUAUUGAGACGGGAAAGAAUGGUGGAGUUUACUUACUUGAUUUAGGCGAUAUUAAAGAGAUUACUUAUCCGGAGUUUUGGAGACCUACUUUUUAAAAACCUCAAGCGCUGUUAUUCAAUCCUUUAACGGUAACGCUA